CAAGUCCUUCUCCUCCCAAUCGGUCGUUGAGCCUCGGUAUCUUUCUCCCCUCUGCGAUAAUUCACGCGGACGAAUCCGCAGUCAGGUUAAGGGAAGAGGCAUAUAAAGCUCGCCCAAAGAAUACAAUUGCUUUGACACUGAACAGUAGAACCCCGUUGCACCGAAUUCUGGCACCAUAGGACCUCCGAACCUCCCCUCCGCCCUCCCUAGAUAUGACCGCCGUUCCCAAACGGCGCCUGGCCGCCCUCACGAAGCAGUUGGUCGAAGGGAUCCCUUCCGAAGGCACAUUCGAGGACAUUCCCCGGAUCCGCCAUGUUGCAGGACCUUCAGUAGGACAAAGAAUCCAAGGGAAAGUCGUGAUCGUGACUGGCUGCAACUCUCCGAUUGGCAUCGGUCGAGCGAGUGCCCAUCAAUACGCACAAAAUGGAGCCAAAGCCGUAUAUAUUUGCGACUAUGCAACAGAACACUUGGACAAGCACAAGCGGGAGCUAGCCCAGCUUUACCCCGACUGUGAGGUACAUUGUGUCAAAGUGGACGUUGGGGACGAGGCGCAGGUCAAGGCAGUUGUGGACCAGGCUAUGGAAAAGUACGGACGACUGGACAUCAUGUUUGCCAAUGCUGGCGUUGUCGGCGUGCCCAACACGUAUGAACAUGUAACAAGCGAUGCUUUCAUGAACACCCUGCGAGUCAAUACUGUCGGGGUCUUUCUGUGUGCAAAGUACGCGGCCAUUGCCAUGCAAAAGACUGGUGCUGGAAAGGAUUAUCCUGGAGGCAGUAUCAUUGGGACGGCGAGCGUGGCUGGGUUGAGGUCGAAUGCUGGUGGAACGGAUUACUCCGCAAGCAAAGCUGCUGUCAUAUCGAUAGCGCAAACCAUGUCAUACCAGCUAUCGGGAACCGGCGUCAGGGUCAACGCACUGUGUCCGGGGGUCAUUGAGACAGGAAUGACCAAGGCCAUGUUUGACCGGGCACGAGAUCGAGGGACAGAGAGAAAGAUCGGCCAACUCAACCCGCUGCAGAGGGGAGCGGUUGCUGAUGAGGUUGCCCGAGUUGCACUGUUUCUGGGAAGCGACGAGGCCAGCUACGUUAACGGCCAGGCCUGGGCUGUAUGUGGUGGCCUUAGUGCCGGACAUCCAUUUGUGCCGGGAAAGUUGGGCUAGAGUAGAACGUG